GACUUCUCAUUCCUGGGAGAAAAAGUCACUCUUGAAAUGUUGGCUUUCAUGAAGAGGCUAAGAAUUAUUCUUUAACUAAUGGAAAAUGGAAGAAAAUAAAGAUACUGAUUCAAAAGAAAGUGGAGAAUAUGAAGAAGACUUUGAAAAGGACCUGGAGUGGUUAAUUAAUGAGAAAGAAAAAAAUGGUGCCAGCAUAAUGGAGAUGGCUUGUGGGAAUGAAGAGAAUAUUAACCAAGAAUUAAAAGAGAAUGAAACAGAAAUAGAACACACCAAACAGCUUUCUGAUCCUGACAAAUCUUUGAAGGAUGAGGUUUCAUCAAGAAGAAAUGACUUCAUUUCUGUACCAAGUAUUCAACCUUUGGAUCCCAUAUCAGAUUCAGAUAGUGAAAACUCUUUCCAGGAAUCCAAACUGGAAAGCCAGAAAGACCUGGAAGAGGAAGAGGAUGAGGAAGUAAGGAGAUAUAUUAUGGAGAAAAUUAUACAAGCCAACAAACUUCUACAGAAUCAAGAACCUGUGAAUGAUAAAAGGGAGCGAAAACUUAAGUUCAAGGACAAAUUAGUUGAUCUGGAAGUUCCUCCACUGGAUGACACUGAUACUUACAAAAAUCAUUUUGAAAAUGAAAGAAAUGUAUCUGGAAAACUGUCACAGUUAUGUAUUUCCAAUGAAUUUGGACAAGAAAAUGUGCUCCUGUCACUGACUGAUGGAAGUUGUGAAGAAAACAAGGAUGGGAAGAUACUAGUAGAGAGAGAUGGAAAGUUUGAGCUUCUGAAUUUACAAGACAUUGAGAGUCAGGGGUUUUUGCCUCCCAUUAAUAAUGCUAAUAAUACAGAAAAGGAGCCUCAGCAGUUAUCACCCAGAUCUUCCAACUCAUCUGUCAGUGGUGUCAAGAAAGAAGAGCCUAUAACAAGGAUUCAUGCUAUGGCUCACUCAUCAACAGAAGAGACCGUGGCUUAUAUCCCUCAACCACCUCCCAACCCCAAGACUCGUCCAAGCUCUGCGGCCAACUCAGAUCGAAGUAAGGGGAAUGGAAAAUCUAAUCACAAGACACAGUCUGCAAAUAUAUCUCCAGUGACCUCAACAUAUUGUCUUUCCCCUCGACAGAAAGAACUGCAAAAACGGCUGGAACAAAAGAGAGAAAAGCUAAAAAGAGAGGAAGAACAACGGAAAAUAGAAGAAGAGAAAGAAAAGAAAAAAGAGAAUGACAUGGUAUUUAAAGUAUGGCUGCAAAAGAAAAGAGAGCAGGUCCUAGAAAUGAGGAGAAUUCAGCGAGCAAAGCAAAUUGAGGACAUGAAUAGUAGACAGGAAAACAGAGAUCCACAACAAGCUUUUCGAUUAUGGCUUAAAAAAAAGCAUGAAGAGCAGCUGAAAGAAAGAAAGACUGAAGAACUGCGAAAGCAAGAGGAAUGCUUAUACUUCCUUAAAGGAACAGAAGGCCGUGAAAGGGCCUUUAAACUCUGGCUGAGAAGGAAACGGAUAGAAAAACUAGCAGAGCAACAAGCUGCCAAAGAAAGAGCUAGACAGCUCCGACUAGAAGCAAAGCAUUCUAAACACUUACAGUACCACCUAUAUAAUAUGCCAGAAGCCAAAUCUUUUCGUUUUACUGAUCCUUACAACUGACAGUAUCUAUUAAAUACUUCAUUUGGAAGCUGCUAUCCUCCGAGUUUUGCAUAUCAUUUCUUAUGGCCUGUGUGCUUUGGUCAUACUCUGAAUUAUGGAAAUGGUACAUAUCUUUUGGUGAUGUUGACAGUGAAUUUAUCUUUUAUUUUUUAACACUAGAACAAAAUAAAUUUCUUCUCUCGCAGUGUUGUAA